AUGAAUUCAUCCUCACAAGCCCCGGCCAAGAAGCGCAAAAGGACGAGUGACACAGGAAGCAAUCCGAGUAAAAGAGUGUCGCUCCAGGACAAACGCGAAAGCGGGAAGUUGAAGGUUCAAUACGAAGAUGCAGACAUUGUUUGCCCCGUUAUCGCCGAAUCCGCCGGAAUCGCCUUGAAUCCCAAGCUUGCGUUCCAGCCAUACAAGCGCGAACGACGAUCACGACGAAGAGGACAGCCCGCUGAAUCUCGAGGACAUGACCUUCUCCUACAAUCUUCGCAGCACCCGCGGAUUGAUUACACGGCAACGGCAGAUGUGGACGACACCAUAGGCAAAGAUUUGACCCACUACGUCGGCGUAUAUGAUUCAAACGACAACACCUUGAAGAUCGUUCCGGCGCGGAAGCUCAUUGUGCGAGGCUCCUUGAGAGAAAAGCCGGCGCCAGCUGAGUCAGAAAAUGCUGACGGGAAAUCAUUCCAUAAGGCUUUCGAGUUGCGACGAGAGUUGGGAAUGGAGUUCGGAACGGUAAAAACCAAGAAACAUCUUCAAGCGCAAGCCUCCAAUGCGCUUGCGCAAGGCACGGUUCUCGGUGGCCCGAAGGCCGAACUCGAUCGCGACGAUCCGUUGGUGAAGGCUAUGCUCGCUGCCAUGCCGAAAACCGAUGCCGCCGCAACGUCGCGAGAGACAUUGCAAUUGGAAAUUGAUGCGGCCAAACCACGACCUGACGCCAAUCUCAACGCUGAAACAGCCGACAUGGUCUACACCCCUGAGUCAGUCAUUGGCCAGGAGCUUAUGAGUUAUGUUACUGUGCAGCCGUGGAUCGAAGCAAUCGAAGCGGGCAACGACGUCCAGCUCGGCAGCCAAUACGUGGCCCGUCGACUCAAGGAGUUGGUUGAUGGUGGAGAUAUCAAGCGAUUGAAGUGCCUGCGAUAUCUGCUUUUCCUGGUCGAAGUCUAUCAGAAAAUUCAGGAGAAGGGGAAGAGAAUGAAGCGGUGGCCGAAGAAAGAAGACCUUCUUUCGAGUCUGUCCGAUGGUAGCGAGGACCUGAUUGAAAAGUCGAAGAGGAAAUUCUCCGAAGAUCGAGGGGACGUCUCUCGAUGGCACUUGGAUCUGCUCAUCACCCAUAUAGCAGCCCUUACUCUGAUCAUAGAUGAAUUCGACACGGACACAUUUGAUAUUCGAAAUGAUCUGCAUUUGGAGAACCAAGACAUGACCCAAUACUUCCGUGAAAUCGGUUGCAAGGUCAAGAGCGUGCCGGAAAACGAGUACAAGAAAUGGGGAAUCAAAAGCAAAGCGGACGCGUCGACGCAUCGAAUGGCGAGGCUCAAACUUCCUCUGGAAUUCCCGAAGAUCCGCGCCAUUCUCAAUAACAAGAGGCGUUAA